AUGGAAGAAUUUAAAGUUCUACAUUCACAGAAUGUGGAAGCUAGAGGUGAUUUCCUCCGUGCAUUGGAUGUGCGUAACGACCUUAAGGCAAUGAAUGAAGAACGUGAACAGCUCCAGCGGAAGAUUGAACGUUGUAAAAGGCGUACAAGCAGACGUCCCGAUAUGGGAAACUUACUUAAAACAUGUGAACGUCUACGUUUGGAAAUGGAACGUGCUCAGGAAUUAAAAAUGCAAAAAAUGGAUCAAGAAAGAGCAGUAAAUCAAGCUGAACAACGAAUGACGAGAUUAGGACGUGUACUUACUGAGGAAGAGCACCGAAGGGAUGAAGCUGAUCCAAAAACUAUUAUUCAGAAACUUCGAAGAGAAAUCGAAGUUAAUCGCUAUUUAAUUGAUGAAAAGCUAGAACAUGACUUGAAUACGUUAAAAACAAAUUUGGAAGUUGUCCAACGUAUCCUGGCACAGCCAAAUGCGACAAAAGCGGAUGUUGAUAAAUUGAAGGAAAGGAUUGAACAAUUGAACAGUGAAUGUAUGGAAUUAGCUCUGCAACGAGACCGUAGAGACGAGGCAUCGGAAGACAAACUUGCAAUUUAUCGGCAUCAGUCAGUAAAUGUGCAGCGGAAGAAAGCUAACGUGGCAGAUCUUUUACAGAUGACAAGGCAAAAUAUUUAA